AACAUUAGAACAACUCAACCAAUGAUGACCAGUGCAUACUGGGUUCAAAACGGACAUGGCCCAGGUCACGUCAGGACAAGAUGGGGAAGUCGAAGUUGAGAAUCAGACGCCGCUCUCGCCGUGGUGCAUACGCAACAGAGGAGGCCUGUAUUCCAUAUUUUAAACUUAUUCCGGCUCGGAUUCCUCCCGACUCCGUCCCUUGCUUAAAACCCACAAUUUCAGCUUACUUAUACUGCUAUGCCUCUCUAAUUCUCCAGAAUUCCCCCUACGUAUGCAGCCGGCUCCACCUUUAAAUCUUCAAAGCACCACCACCACCAUUACUCUCUGAAGUCUCUCUCUCAAUCGCUCUUUCAAUACGGUCCCCUGCGAUUGCCUUCACCUCCGCAGCCUUCCGCCGCCAGUCGUCUUACUCAUCCAUUUCCAAUAAUGUCGUCCUGCUCUUCUCAACCUCAGACUCACGUUGUUCAAACAGUUUCUAUUUCAUACACGCAACUCAAGGAUAAAGGUGCUGAUUUGUCCGCAAAGAUUGAGGAAGGCUUUGGGCCAAAUGGUUCCUGGGUAUUCAUCAUUGCGUCAAAACCUUCUCCAUCUUUCACCUCGAUUAGCAGGCCUUUCAGAUGAUCAGAAGAGGGACCUCGAAGACCCUGAUAGUAGAUACAACUUCGGAUGGAGUCAUGGAAAAGAGAAGCUUGAAUCCGGAAAGCCAGAUACACUGAAAGGGUCAUUUUACGCAAAUCCAGUACUAGAUAAACCUACCAGUGACCCAGCCCUUAUUCAACGGUACCCUUCAUACUGUGGAGCAAAUAUUUGGCCUCGUAGUGCUCUCCCAGAACUCGAACCAGCUUUUAAACCUCUCGGGAAGCUGAUUCUGGAAGUUGGGAUGUUGUUGGCAUAUCACUGUGACCUCUAUGCAUUUCAAGGGAUGAAAAUGCUUGAGGAUGAUGGCCUUGAACAGAUACUUCGUCGCUCAAGAUGUCAUAAAGGUCGUCUGUUGUACUAUUUUCCUGCGAAACACAGUAGUUGCAGUCAGGAUGGUGAGUCGAUGUCAUCUUGGUGUGGAUGGCACACUGAUCAUGGUUCUCUGACGGGUCUCACGCGUGCCAUGUUUAAGAAGGAUGCUGUAGAAAUAUCUUGCCCUGAUAAUGCUGCUGGGCUUUAUGUAAAAUCACGUAGUGGCCAAUUAGUCAAAGUGGUGUAUGGUGAAGAUGAAAUUGCAUAUCAAAUAGGUGAGACAACUGAGAUAUUGUCCAGAGGUCGGCUCUGUGCAACACCACAUUGUGUUCGGGCACCCUUGGGGGAAGCAGCAUUUGGCGUUGAUCGUUCGACAUUUGCAUUAUUCAUGCAGCCUGACUGUGACACAACAAAGCGGGAAUACGUUAAGUCAUCAUGUAGGACUGCCUUCUGCGGGAACUUAAGGCGGUUGCGUAUUAACAGUCAAUUUCGCCCCUGCGCCUACCUAUUCCUUUUGUUGGCGGGAUUUGGUAAUGUUCUGAGUAAUUUGUUUCGCCACUUUUACGUCUCCUUUUCUGUGUUCAAUCUGUUUACAGCUUUUUCUAAUGCUUCUACUGUACCUGUCAUUGUUAGGGACGAAAAGCUCAAGUUUCCGGAGGUGGUGCAUAUUCAUCAACAGUUAAUUCCAUCUCGUGGAUCUCUUACUUUUGGCGAGUAUACGGAGAAGCUGCUCGACAAGUAUUACCACCUGAAGAUGUAGAUACGAUAUUUUACUUUUUAUGGUGUGUAUGAUCCCUAUAAAGCGUCCCAAACUGUGUGUAAAUUAAUCUGUGCAUUGUAUAAAUGGUUCCCUAAUCUGUUAUUCGUAUACCUCCACCGAAAAGUCAACAGGCGUGCCAAGCUUGUUGAAGCUCGCAAAGCAAAAAGAUAUCUUGAACGGGUAAAAAGAUAGAUCCUAAUCAAAAGAGAUAUCUUGGUAAUCAUAGGGAUUUGAUUUUGGAAUGAUUGUUUCGAUUUUGUAAAACUGAAAAAGCUACGAGAUUAAUAGUAAUUCUUUCAGUAGGGUUUAGCUCCUA